AUGUCUCCCUCACAGAUCGCGUCUGACGCCUUUCAGGCCGCUAAGGCUGGCGUGCCUCAAAGCAACUCCAGCUGCCUUGAGUUCUUACCAAACGAGUUGAUGGAUAUAAUCCUUGACUUUUGUGAUCCCGAAGCCAUGAUCAGCCUGGCUCUUACGGGCCCAAUCUUGUACAACUUUAUCAAGUCGCAAGAGGCUAGACUCUCUGCAAGGGUUGUGGGAAGAACAAUCAACAAGGAGCUGAUGCAACUUGCAAUCGCGCGACGAUGCGCAGAGGCGGCUGGCUGGAGAGCUCAUGGUUACAAGGAUACACCGGACCAGACCAGCCGCCAGGUCAAUGAAUUCAUUGACCGAUUCCUGAUCGGAGCUGAUAAUGACUUUGAGAACCGUACGCUUGGAUGGGCUUACAAUCUUUGCUCAUUCCAUGAGGCUGUUCUAAAUUACGCCCAUGUUCUGUCGCAGCGUGCGGUGACUCGCGGGCCACGACGCUUCGCGCCUGAUGCCACCUUCCCCAGAGCCAUUAUGACAGUGACAGAGGGAGAGUUUGCCCGGUUUUGUCGAGCUCUCUACAUCCACCAGAUUUACUGUGGCAUCUUUCCAGUCCAGACUAGUAAUGAUGGUGGACUUAAACAAGUCAUGAAACGGCUCCAAAUGAAAUUCUCUCCGUGGGAGAAUCAGCAAAUCAGGUGUAUUCAUUUUAUGUUGCGAGAUCACUUUAAGCGUCAAUUUGUCGCAAAUGAGAUGGAAAACGGCACGGAACAAUGGUUACCCAACCUUGACUUCUUGCCAAAGUUCGUGGUCUCUCAAAACCUAAGGGUUAUGAUGAGACACGAAAUUAACGGCUCUAUAAAGAACUACAUAAUGGGAAUGGAGAGCCAGAACAGAGACUUCGAGCACUACAGAAGUCAAGUGCCCUUCCGGUGCCGUGACAAGGACUGGCUGCUCCAAAUCAGGGAGCAGGGAACCAUCCGUCUCACAAUCCACCAAAUUCUGUCGAGGUACGAAGAUACUGACACGGGCCCCCAAGAAGCGUGGCUUCAUACUUUGUUGGACGGCUUAUUCGGGCUUAACGAAGAAGACGGGCCUGACGACGAGGAAGACGAAGAACUCAGGCUCUGCUGCAUGUUUUGCUGCGAGAGAUGUAUGACGCACUGGGGGUUCGUGUUCUGGGAUCGAGAUAAGCUACUCUGGCACUCACAUUGGUAUAUGCCAACUUUGGAGGAGAUGGUCGAUGGUUCAGAAGGGUUACAGGUCGACUACCGCGACUACAAGGACGCGAUAUCUUGUAGAGAGGACGGUAUCUGCCUAUUUGAUGACGAGUACGAUUAG